AGUCCGAAAAGCUGUCCUGUUGUUAUAUAUCAUCGCCGCACUGAUUGAACGCCCUUUCUCCACUCCUGGACCACAGACUCUUCGGCAUCCCGCCUGGUCCUCACCAGAUCACGCCCGUUUGAAGCUGUAACUAGCCUCAACAGCCUACAUACAAGUACAGCAAAUAUGGCGGACAAAGAAGAGGAGCGCGUGCUUCAGGAGUUUAGCGAAAUGCAGGAGAAAGUCCUCGUCCAGUCGGAGUUCAUGAAUCGGACAAUGCAGCAGGAGCGCAUGGUCGGGGUGCACAGGCAGCGCGCCGUCCUGACCAAGACGGAGCUCUCGGGGAUGCCCGACUCCGCCACCAUGUACAAGAGCAUUGGCAAGGCGUACUUUGCAAGCCCUAAGGCCGACAUCCUGAAGAACCUGGACGACACGGUAUCGCAGCUUGAGAGCGACAGCAAGAAGCUGAAGGACCAGCGCGAGGCUAUCGAGCAGAAGAUGAAGGACACGGAGGCGCAGAUCCGCGAGCUGCUUGCGCAUUCGCCAUCACUGGUGCGGCGGCUAGGCGCCGUCAGCAUCCAAUAAAGCGACGGUCAUCGCGAGGAUGCAGUUUGGUUUGCAUCUGUGCGUGGUCGUAGGCUGGGGGGCGGCUAAGCGCGGUGUGGCGUGCUAAAGGGUGCCGGCUACUUCAGGGUGGAUGGCAGCGGUGGCUCUGCAAAGCGUUUAGCAGGAGCACAUGAUGCCCACGGUUUGCAUGCAGGGAAAAGGAUGGUUUGCAUACCCUAUCGGGCAGGGGCUAUAGAUGCUUUGACGUAUGCAAGGCUGCAGGGUGUGUGGGAUAAUACCAGUGCAUGGAUGGUGACGGCGCGUGUGUUGAAGGCCCAGGGCUUCACGGUGCGGAGAAACCAGCAAAGCCGCGUUCAUGACACGUAUUAGCGACUCUUUGGAGGUCGCAAAUUGCGAAGGGCAAAACAGAGCCGCGCAGUCUGGAUCCGCUCUCGGACAGCUGCUUUACAGGCAGCGCUGCAAAGCAUACCUUCGCUA